UUUAUUGAACCCCGGGCUGAAUACUCAGCUGUGAUUCUCCUGCAGCAAAUGUCAUCCAACAUCACGAGCAAAAAGAGCUGUUAUGCAUGCUUCUCAGCCAGCCACUUUAAUAGGAAACGAACAUCUCCUUAUCACACACGCUGGCAAGGAUUAACUUGACUGGCUUGUUUGGAGUACUUCUCACAAUCUACGUUUUUGAGUUCGUGAAUUGACCUCCACUUUGUUUUACAAACGCAAGGAAAGAGCGACAAUGCAGCUAUAUUCAAGUUUGGCAAGUAAAAACUACGACUACGAUUCUAUCCAGCCAUAUUUUUAUGUUGACAACGAAGAUGAGGAUUUUUAUCACCAGCAACAAGGACAACUUCAGCCACCGGCUCCAAGUGAGGACAUCUGGAAGAAAUUUGAGUUGCUGCCCACUCCUCCUCUCUCCCCGAGCCGGCGACCAUCACUGUCUAGUCUUUUCCCUUCAACUUCUGACCAACUCGAAAUGGUGACUGAGUUUCUCGGGGAUGACGUUGUAAACCAGAGUUUCAUCUGCGAUGCCGAUUACUCUCAAACCUUCCUCAAGUCUAUCAUCAUCCAGGACUGUAUGUGGAGCGGGUUCUCGGCUGCAGCCAAGUUGGAAAAAGUGGUGUCUGAAAGACUCGCCUGUCUCCAAGCUGCUAGGAAAGAACCAGCUUUUAGCGACAACGCGGAGUGGACUACUACUCGGUUGAACGCAAACUACUUGCAGGAUCUGAACACAUCCGCGUCCGAAUGCAUUGAUCCCUCAGUGGUCUUUCCCUACCCAAUAACUGAUACUUCCAAAUCAAGCAAGGUGACACCACCCACGGAUUUGGCAUUGGACACCCCACCCAACAGCAGUAGUAGCAGUGGUAGUGACUCGGAAUAUGAGGAGAUAGAUGUCGUGACUGUGGAGAAGAGGCACGCAGAGAAGCGGUACGACCCCAACAUGUCUGGGACCAGACAUCACAGUCCCCUUGUGCUGAAGAGGUGCCAUGUCUCCACCCACCAGCACAACUACGCAGCUCACCCCUCCACGCGGCACGAGCAGCCAGCUGUCAAGAGGCUGAGGCUAGAGAGCAGUGGCAGCAGCAGCCGGGUCCUCAAGCAGAUCAGCAGCAACCGCAAAUGCCCAAGUCCCUGGGCGUCAGACACUGAGGACUAUGACAAAAGAAGGACUCAUAAUGUACUGGAGCGCCAGCGGAGGAACGAGCUCAAGCUGAGCUUUUUCGCUCUACGGGACAAGAUACCGGAGGUGGCUAACAAUGAAAAGGCAGCCAAAGUGGUCAUCCUGAAGAAGGCUAUAGAGUGUAUUUACAGCAUGCAGACAGACGAGCAGAGACUAGUCAACUUCAAAGAGCAGCUAAGGAGGAAAAGUGAACAUUUGAAACAGAAGCUGGCCCGGUUGCAGAACUCUCAUGUUUGAGAUCAAAGCGGCAUAGACUUUUUGGCCUUAUCGUUAUUAAUGCAAGUUAAGACAUGGUGUGUAUAGUUGAUAUUGCAUGGGAAAAAAAAAAAAAUGGGGAAAAAAUUUUUUUGGAGACUUUUUGAUUUAAAUGUUGAACUGCCUUAAUUCAAUUAUCGGCAGUAAAAUAUUUUAUUUAUUUUAUUAAGAAAAUAUGAAAAUGGGGUACAUGUGUUGCAUGCCCAACCUAAAAUAUGAAUGUUUUGUAUAUAAUUACUGAGUAUUUCCUAAAAAUGUAUUUUUGGAUCUCAAUUGUCAGGAAGUUCAGGCAGUAUAUGGGUUUACAUAUGUUCCUCGAUUCAUUUGAAAUAUAAAUGCAUUUCUUAACACUC